AUGACAUCCCCCGACUACAGCCACCAUUUCUCCAUCCACAACCUUCCCUACGGCGUUGCUUCCUCCUCCACCCAUCCCACCCCCCAAUGCACAACGCGCCUUAAGAACACCGUUAUCUUCCUCGGCGAUCUCCAGCGCGACGGCUUCUUCUCCGCCAUCCCUGAUCUACUAGCCUUUGUUUUCGAGGAAGCGACAUUGAACCGAUACGCUGCGCUGCCGAAACGCGUGCAUCACCAUGUUCGAGAGACCCUGCAGUCCGUGCUAGCCUCGAAGGGAGUCGAAGGUUUGCCAGAGAGAAGUAGGGAGGAUGUCGAGACCGUGAAGAUGCAUUUACCUAUCGAGAUUCCGAAUUUCACAGACUUCUCCUGCAGUCUCAACCACGUCCAAAACGCCGGCCGCGCCAUCCUCAACAACCCCACGCCCCCGCCGGGCUUCUUCCACUUCCCGAUCGGCUAUACCGGACGGGCCAGCAGCGUCGUGGUCUCAGGGACGCGGAUCGCGAGACCCAAGGGACACAUUCGAGACCGAACCAAGUCCCAACCAAACCCUGAAGCUUCCAAUGGGGAAUCAGAAAGAGAGAAACCCAACGACGACGUCAUUUAUGGCCCCUCAAGAGCACUAGACUAUGAGCUUGAAUUAGGGUUCGUGGUAGGUGCCCCGGUAGACGUGCAUCAGGGCUUAGAGGCCAAAGAUGCAGAAGAGUAUCUGUUUGGGGUGGUGGUGGUGAAUGAUUGGAGUGCUCGAGACAUCCAAUCCCUCGAAAUGGUGCCCCUCGGUCCCUUGAAUGGAAAAUCUUUCAACACCACCAUCUCCCCGUGGAUCGUGACGCUUGAAGCCCUGGCCCCGUUUCGCGCUGUCGGUCCUUCGCCUCGCGCGGAACUACCGCCGCAUCUUCAGGAUGCCGGGGCGUUCGGAUACGAUAUUAGAUUGAAGGUUGAGUUGGUGCAUUCUGCUUCUUCGGCGGUUGGAAACGGGUUUGCCUCUACGUCUACGUCUGCGUCUGCGUCUACGAACGGGAACAGAAAUGGAAAGGGGAGGGAGGAAGCCACGACGCAUCUCAGUACCUCGAAUGCCAAAGACUUAUUCUGGUCCCCCAGACAGAUGCUGGCGCAUAUGGCGAGUUCUGGGUGUGGAGUGAGGACCGGGGAGCUGUUGGGUACCGGGACGGUGAGCGGAACACAGGAAGGGGAGUAUGGGUGUUUGUUGGAGAUAACGGGGGGUGGGAAGAGCGCUGUUAGGUUGAACUCGGCCAGUGGGGCUGGUGAUGGGGAAGGAGAGGAGAGGAUGUUCUUGAAGGAUGGAGACGUGGUGAGGAUGGUUGGGUGGGCUGGCGAGGGGGUUGGGUUUGGGGAGUGUACUGGUGAGAUUGUUUCUUCUGUUAAUUAA